AUGGAUCUUAACCGGGCCGUGCCCGCAGAUCUAGUCUCGGAUAGCGAUGUCGAAAAGGCGGUGUUAAAGGCGAUCAUAGAAUCAUCGACAGCGUCGUCGAGGAGAAAUGGGCGAAUUCGUCGGCCGUUCCACCGUACCGGUUUCGCUCACAGCAGUGACGUUGUUGCUGCCACGAGGAGACCAGUGUCCACGAGAAGGGAGGAAGCGCCACCUCCAAGCACUGUCCGGGUCACGAGCCGGCGUCCGACAUCCCUAUCGAAGGUUCCAAGGAUCUCGACGAAGGCCUCUGCAAGGCCCACAACUAGACCUGUCUUCAGUGCACAUCCCGAAACCCCGCCGAACGUGGCACCUGCAGUAGUCACGACCCCAGCGGCGAUCACACCUCAGCCAGUGCAAACCACGACAUCCAGCUCGCCGUUGCUGCUCUUUAGCACAUCUCGACGAAGGGUAACAAGUCUCCUCAGUCGGACACAAAAUCAGCAUGACCAGGACCCUACUCGUAAUCUUCAUCGGCAGAUCAGUACCACCGUGUCACAUCAGCCGGUAACCACCACCUCAUUACCUCCGACCACACCUUCCCUACCUUCUACCCAACCUCCGCUGACUGAGAUACCAGCCUCGAGAGACGAUCCAAGUGCUGUCACCCGAAUAAAAGUCUCCGGAAUCACUCCUUCCCAAACAAGAAGAUUAUCGCAGAGACCACCCACAGUUACGGCCCCCACGCCUGCUGUGGACUCAACCUCCUCUCAUGCUCCUGUAUCCCUGAAAAUCAAUGACUCUGCCGAAGUAGCGGGUGGAUCGAUGGAAAACCUCGAGCCAGAGUCAAAGCCAACGGAGGUCAUGUCGGACACGGCUGUUCGUAAAAACCUCGUUGAUCAUUCGACUUGCUAA